GGGCUUGAAAAGACCACCUCGUACGCUUCGCCAAAGAAGCCGAGACAAUAAAUCUUAGUAAAAUCCCAAAAACAAAAACUGAAGAUAUUGUUUUUGACAGCAACAAAAAGUCCAGAGCUGUCAUAAAGUAUUUUCAUAAAAGAAAAAGUUUUACUGGAAAAACACUACCCAUAAGAAGGUGUUUGUUUUGUCAAAAUUGCUGCUUCAAUGGUGUAGAGAGGUGGAGUGAAAGGGGAAAACCAUAUAAAAUCCUGAGCAAAAGGCAAGAUCCUAUUACUAUAAAUACUGAGAAUGGACCAAGAUAAUCCAGGGACUAACCCUGAUAAUUCAGCAAAGUUUCCCAUAAAGCGUCAACGUGGUCGUCCAAAAAAGUUUUCUAGACUUAAUUAUGAGGAGAAUGCUGUUAGAAGGGAUCAGAAUUUAAAUCGGAGGGAGAAUGCUGAUAAACCUCGUGGAUUCGCAAAUGUCAAUGGUAAUCAUUCCCAUCAAGUAGAUUCAAACAGUGAUCUGAAUGAUGUAAUGGUGGGUCAAGUGGUUCAUGGUGUUAUUGAGGCAGCUUUUGAUGCUGGAUAUCUGCUGGCUGUUAAGGUUGGCAACACUGAAACCACUUUGAGGGGUGUUGUUUUUAAGCCUGGACACUAUGUUCCUGUUUCAGCAGACAAUGAUGUGGCUCCUAAUGUACAUAUGGUCAGAAGAAAUCAGAUUCCAUUCCCAGCAGAUAAUCACAACCAUUCCCGUGGCUAUAACUCUCGAUCCAGGGAGAGGAGUGAGCAGCAUGUCAAUUCUUCUAGAAUUGGAACUAUCAAUACGGGGGCCCCAAAAAGCAGUCAGACAAGUUUUGCGGCAGUCCAAACUUCUCAACCAGUGAUCCCAAGGAAAAACAUAACACCUGUUGUCCUUCAGCCUGUUAAUUUGUCAAAUGGGGGAAGGGUUGCCUGCCAGCCAACUUCAGUUGCAACCCAAGCUCCUUGUCCAGAAGUCUCUAAAGGCAAGCAGGUCAUGGAAACUGUGCAUCCUUCAAAUGGAUCAACACCUUCCAACCAGGUGAAAACAGCUGAAAGCCAGCCUGUUCAAGCUCAAAAUUACCACCAGGUGGUGCUAAACCAACCUUCAGUAGAAGUAUUGCAUGAGGCAGAAACCAAAUCGAUGAAAAUGCCUGACAUGCCUUUUGAAAAACUGGUAGAAGUCAUUCAGCAAAUCCAAUCACCUUCACAGUCAGAAAAGGCUCAAACUGGGAAUGUGAAGGAUGAAACUGUUAACACAGACCAGGCUCUCUCUAUUGAACCCCUGCAAGCUGUACAGCCUAAUCCUACAGCUCAAUCAGCAUUUCUUUCUAAACCUUUUGACAUCUUCACAACUGGCAAAAUGACUGAGCUGUUGCAGGCUGUGCAGGAUAACACGAUGGAGAACCAAGUGCAUCAAGCUGAAGAGCUUACCACAGGUUCUGAACUGAAUUUAGAUAAUCUCAAGAGCCCCGAAGCUGAAAUUUGAGAGUAAGAAAAUGUUCAUUCCUAGAAUGAUUCAGGGGCUUGAGUGUCUGAUUUAUCCAGUCUUGCCCCAGGCCUUCAACUAAGAACCUUGUCCUGGCAUUUUAUGUUUUUCCUCACAUGAAUUUCUGGGCCAUGGAAUGUACCGAUUCUGUGUAAGGUUUGUGCAUCUUAAAAUAGGUAGGUAAUUCUCUGGAGAAAGUUAUAAUUCAGAAUAGUUGAAGACCACAGAGGAUCUAUUUUCGGCUGAACCUAAUAUUUGUGCAUUUUAUUUCAUGAUCUUACAAAAGAUUUAGCUUUGUGUAAAACUUUACCCUUAAUUUUGCAGGGCUGUGUUCUUAAUUUUGGCAUCUUGUUGUAUACCUUAAGAUUCUGAUCA